GCGAGGAAAUCAUUCCUGAUAUGUAUGAUGUGUUACACUCUUUCUUGUACCAUAGUUUGAGAAAUGAAAUUGUGAAUGAAUAUUAAUACUUAUAUGAUAACACGUGUUAGAAAGUGUAAAGUGAUAAGAUUAAAGAUCUGAUGGUUAUUUGAUUUGUAUUAAAGUGGUGUUCAUGACUUCUGACAUAAGAAAAAUGCAGAAGGUUGGGAAAUUAAAUUCAUCGAUUGAUAUUAUUCCGUUACAAGGAUCCAGUGGAGAUUACAAAUCGAAGACUAUGAAUAAUAAACACAAACUCGAUACAUCACAUAGAUUUCUUCGCGAUCAGUUAUUAAUUUCGCGCGUGCAAACGUACAUGCAUGAAAAUGAAAGUAAAGUCUACAUUGAUGUCAAUGACAUGGCAGAUGCUCUACAAAAAAAAUAUCGAGAUUAUCGUAUUAAAAAACGGGGUCCCUUUAGAGCUUUAGUACGCACAGCAUACGAUGAACUUACAGAGAUGUUUGCAAACAAGUAUUGUUCCCGAGAUUGGUCUGCUUGUGAUGAUGAGGAUGAUGAAGAGGAAGUUGAUGUUGAAUCAGAUCCUCGAAAUACCAUGUUAAGUGGUAUGUUGUUAAAAAUGUAUAAAAAGUCACAAAACAAACAAAAUGGAAAUUCUAGUGAUAAAGAAUUGAUAGACAUUAGUAGUGACGAUGAUGUAAGUAAGGUGGAAUCAAAUUCUUGUAAUAAAGCAAAUGAACCAGAGGUUACAGAAAAAGAUUUACAAGACUUACCAGGUCCAUCUUCACGUACAGAAAAGCCAGAAGCUGCUAAAGAAAGUGAAGAACCAAAAAUACCUGUAAAAGAAACUCGACCAGUUACAACAAUAACAGAGCAAUUCACCAGAAAACGACAACGUGAUAAAGAUACUGAUAACAGUCAAUUUGUAUUCGUUAAAAAAGUUAAAGGAGUACCUGUCUCUGAUCCAAAAGUUACAUUUUCAAACAUAGGCGGAUGCGAUAAAGUUUUAAAAACAGUAUGUAAAUUACUUGCACAUAUGAAGCACCCAGAAAUCUUUAAACAGCUGGGUAUAUCACCACCAAGAGGAUUUUUACUGCAUGGUCCACCUGGAUGUGGAAAGACAUUACUAGGACAUGCUAUUGCAGGAGAAUUGGGAAUACCUUUGUUGAAAGUAGCAGCACCUGAACUAGUGGCUGGAGUGUCAGGCGAAAGCGAAGCACGAAUUAGAGAAUUAUUCGAGCAAGCACUUGCGCUUUCACCUUGUGUAAUUUUCUUGGAUGAAAUUGAUGCUGUAGCACCACAUAGAGCUACUGCUCAGAGAGAAAUGGAGAGGAGAAUUGUUGCGCAAUUAUUAUCGUGUUUGGAUGAAUUAAGUUUGAAGGAAAAUGGUAUUGGAGUAUUAGUACUGGGAGCGACAAAUCGACCUGAUUCAUUAGAUCCAGCAUUGAGAAGAGCUGGUCGUUUCGAUCAUGAAGUGUGUCUUGGAAUACCAGAUAGAGAUGCAAGAACAAACAUUCUAACUGUGCACACAGAAAAAGUAGCACUUGCUCCUAAUGUCAGUCUAUCUACAAUAUCUUCACUUACACCAGGUUUCGUUGGUGCCGAUUUAGUUGCAUUAAUUAGAGAAGCGGCUAUGGCAGCAGUGGAUAGGAUACUCGAAGACUUAAACAAAUCAGAACCGAAUACUAAAUCGUCGCAAGCAAUAGAAAUUAAUAAUGACACUGAAAAAGAAUCACAAAACUUUGAAAACUCUGGAAAUUUAGUUGAAGAAGUAACUAUUGAGUUACCUACCUCGGAUCAAUGUGAUGUUUCUAAGUUAAAUAAGAUGAGCAAUCUGGAAAGUCCACAAGCGGCAAGUUUACAAGAGAUGGAUGUACAAGAAAAUUCAAAGUCUCCAGAUUUAACAGGAUUGCUUACCUGGUUACGUAAUGAUCCACCAAUUCCGGCAGAACGACUAACAAAUUUAUGUAUCGAACACAGUGAUUUUGAAACAGCUCUUCGCGUUAUUCAGCCAUCAGCCAAAAGAGAAGGUUUUGCAACUGUACCUGAUGUAACAUGGGACGAUGUUGGCUCUUUACGAGAUAUUAGGGAGGAAUUACAAAUGGCUAUAUUAGCUCCUGUUCGACAUUUCGAACAUUUUACAGCCUUAGGAUUAACAGCAUCUACUGGAGUGUUAUUAUGUGGCCCGCCUGGAUGCGGUAAAACAUUAUUAGCCAAAGCUAUUGCGAAUGAAGCUGGUAUUAAUUUUAUUUCUGUUAAAGGACCAGAACUUUUGAAUAUGUAUGUUGGUGAAAGUGAAAAAGCAGUUCGACAAUGUUUUCUCCGAGCCCGAAAUUCUGCACCUUGUGUUAUAUUCUUUGACGAAUUGGAUGCCUUAUGUCCAAGGCGAUCAGAGGGUGAUAACUCUGCUACUUCGCGUGUUGUUAAUCAAAUGCUUACGGAAAUGGAUGGGGUAGAAGGACGUCAAGGAGUAUUUUUAAUGGCUGCGAGCAAUAGACCUGAUAUUAUCGAUCCAGCAGUACUGAGACCAGGAAGAUUAGAUAAACUUUUAUAUGUGGAUCUGCCUACUGCAACAGAUCGUGUCGAUAUUUUGAGAGCACUGACAAAGAAUGCAACUAAACCAAAAUUAGCUGCAGAUGUAAACCUUGAGCAAAUAGGGUAUAACAAUAAGUGCGAUGGUUACACCGGAGCAGAUUUAGCAGCUUUAAUUAGAGAAGCUGGUAUAGAAGCAUUAAGAGAAUUAUUGGAUAUACAUUAUACAGGUCAACCAGAGAUCUCUAUGCGGCAUAUUGUAUCUGCAUUUGAUAAAAUAAGGCCGUCCGUACAAGAGAAAGAUAUAAAACAUUACGAAAAACUGAAGAAAUUAUAUUCGAUUAAAAAAAAAUCUGAUGACACACCUAUGGAAACACCGACAGAUGCAGUUAUAGUAGAUGUAGUUAUGGAACCUAUGGAAACGUGAAAUAAAAGUACUAAGUAUCUAUAUAAAAAUCUUCCAUUACAAAAUAUUCUAAACUGAUAAUGAUGAAUCUGAAGUAAGAAAUAUACACUAUUUGCCUUGACUUUAUUUUUGUAGUUGUGAUAUCGUGUUCAUGUUUGAUGAACGAAAAUGUAGUUGUACACCCGAAAUUGGUGAUUUGUACUGUUAGAGAAAAAAAUUAUUGGUUCUGGCACCAACCAUGACUCCUACUCGAAAGAGGUGGAAUUUUGGUUGGUAAUAAAACAGAUAGACUUCUUUCUUACAGCAUGAAUCAUUGUUCCAGAGUAUAAUAUUAGGUCUUGGUUUAUUGUUUGAAACUAAAAGCUAAAACUAAUGUAUACUUCUUUAUUUUUUAAAUACUGAGAAUUGUGCUAAACAAGUUGUUUUAGUAUUUUUUCAUAUCUAUAUACAUUUAUAUCCAGUUAAAAAGAAUUUUUAUAACGUUAAAUAAAAUUUACGUUUGAUAUAUAUUUGAGUAAUUUAAGAGAUUCUGCCACUUUGACGGCGACAAAACAAAGAGUAUAUUUACUAUCUUUUUUUUUUUAAC